AUGAGGGCUGCCCUACUGCUAGCCCUCGCCGCGGCGGACACCUGCGACCUCCCUUUGUUACCAUCAUUCGCGGCGCGACCGGCGCGCAUCGACAGCGACUGCCCGCGCGUCUACGUCUAUGAUAUUCCGCAACUCUACGACUACGAGAUACCGUGGCCGGAGCUCCACAAGGCGAACGUCACGCAGAUCUUCGGCGCGCCCUGUCAUGACGGCAUAUUAGACGAGUUCGACACGAACCAGUACUCAUUGGCUAUAAUGAUACUGUGGCGGCUGGCCACGUCCGAAAGGUGCGGCGCCGUCGACGACCCGAAAGACGCUGAUUUAUACUUCGUGCCGACGUGGCCGGCAGCCAAAGGUUUGCCGGCCUGGGACCGAGCCUGCGGUCAUCCCGCGAACGCCAAGGUGAAGCACCUCCCCUACCUAAACGAAAGGACGGCGCACCGGCACUUCUUUAUCGUUGGCAAGGGCCACGUCGUGCCCAAGCACGACUGCAAGUACCUGUGUGGAAAUCAAAUUUUAGAUGCUCCACGCCAUCGACGCGACGUCGUCCCCGUAACUGCAUCUGUUCGAUGGCGUGGAGCUUCCACGCCAUCGACACGAGGAUGCCUCCAUUCCUGCGUCUGCUCGACGGUGUUCAGGUUGAUAACCUGACUCACUGCUUGAUUUCCACACAGGCAAGUACUGGUGGCUGCGGCCGGAGGGGUUGCUGGCUCGCGCUUCGCGUUGGGCCUACAGCGACCAGUACGGGCGGUCCCACACGCUGGCGUCGUAUGGUCCGGCCCCCUUUGACGACGCGCGCCUCGCGAAGCAAUUGGUCGGCGACCGCAUCUCCUCAGAUCAAGGUAUCGCGCCGCACUUAUUUAGCGUGCCGUACCCGGCGGCGGUCCACGCCUGGGGCGCUCAUUCUAGACCGUGGGGCGCUCAUUCUAGACCGAUUUUAGCUGCAUACGUCGGCGGUGACCGCAACGGCACGUUCUCGUACCUCCGGCCGAAGAUCGCCGCCCUUUGUGAAGCGUCGGACGCUUGUGAAACUCAUGUGCCGCACGAGGGACAUCGGGUCUGCGGCGUGCGCUGCGUGCCCGGCCUGCGCCGGACGAUGAUGCGCGCGACGUUCUGCCUGCAGCCAGGGGGCGACUCGCCCUACAGAAAGAGCGUCUUCGACGCCGCCCUUGCGGGAUGCAUCCCCGUCGUGUUUUCUCAGCAGCUCGCCCGCGUCGCGCCCUGGCAACGGGGAAACUUCCCCGAGCACUUUGUCGUUCUGAACGGCGCCGCCGUGCAGCGCGGCGAGAUUGAUGUCAUCAAGCAUCUCGCCGGAAUUCCGCAGGCGAAAAUCGCCGAGCUGCGACGGAACCUCGCGGGCGUCGCACCGGCUCUGCAGUACUCGAUCGACGACUCGAUACGAAACGACGCCUUCGAGGCGCUCCUCCGGGGCGCGCUCGCGGUUGCUACCGAGCGCGAGCGCCUCCGGGACCGCCACGCGCGCCAUGAGAGUGUAGUGGUCCUAAAUACGUUGUUGUAACCGACACCGCGAAGACAACGCCCGGGCCCGCCUACUAGUAGACAACUUCAAGUUGAACGCCUAAGAUUAACACAUUGUUACUCCGGC